CUCCACCCGUGUUCAUCUCCUCAACCUUUGACCGGAUCUGAACGACACAAUCAUGCCUUUGAUCAAAGCAUACUACAUCAUCAGCGCCGUGGCCGUGGUCCACCUGGCCAUGGGAUAUUACCUGAUCGCAGCUCCCGAGAAGAUUGCAACACAGUCGACAAUAUUCAUCCUCGGGGAAGCACUUGGCCUGCAACAACCAAGGUCAUCACUCUACGAAAAUCCACUCGCAUGUGCCUUCGCCGGUCUCGUUCUGAUCCUCUCCGCCAUCUCCGAUCUUACCACUGUUUCCGGAGCCGAGGAUGUCGCUAGGGAUUACUGGGGAGCUCAAGCUCCGGUUCGCACACUAUUCUUCGUCAUCGUUACCGGAUACGCGUAUGUUUUGAAGCCUGGACGCGGCAAUGUCAGUGCUACCUCCGACCACCCAUUGAUCAACAGCGCUAUAUUCUCAUGGGCAUUCAUGGAGGCGAUUUGGUGGUUCUGGAUCCACACUAACCUGCGCGAGGAGCGCGGUGAGGCAAUGGCGAGGAUCCACGCGAGGAAGAAGGCGAAGUUGGAGAUGGAGAUGAGGGAGGACUAGAUGCGAUAAUGCUGUGAAGACGAGAUGCCCAUAGUUGGAUAAAGCUUAUAGAAUUGCUGCUGCGGAUGUACCUGUAGAUUUAUUAUACCCUCAUAACAACCGAC